CUGAUUGUAUCUGAUUUCCUUGACGAUAGGUUCGGGCAGCAGCUGCGUUCGUCGCUGAUUAAAGAGUACGCCUGGCAUUACAUUGCCUAUGAGGACCUUAAAGAUGCGUUGAAGACGCCAUUUGAGACUGAACCGACGCCCGAAAACCCUUCGCCAAAACGCAAGCCAUGGACCGAAGAGGAUGAAAGACGGUUCGUUGCUCUGCUGGAAAGCGAGCUCGACAAAGUUUUUACCUUCCAGAAAGUGAAGAGCGAUGAGAUCGUUCGGCGCAUCAAGGCCAGCGAUAAAGAGGUGAGCGAGGUGGUUGGGCGACUGGACCAGGCCACCGCUGCUGGCGGGUCAGUGAGAAACCGACAGCCUCCUCCCUCCGACGAUGACUUUUUGCUGCUCGAGGAAGACCUCAGUGAUAUUAUUGCAGAUGUCCAUGAUCUUGCAAAAUAUACCCAGCUGAACUACACUGGUUUCCAGAAGAUUAUCAAGAAGCAUGAUAAACAAACCAGCUGGUGUCUCCGACCGGUUUUUGCUACUCGCCUGAGAGCAAAGCCAUUCUUCAAGGACAAUUACGAUGCCUUUGUGGUCAAACUGUCCAAGCUGUAUGAUCUGGUCAGGACAAAAGGCCACCCUGUGGAGGGAGACAGCGCUGCUGGUGGGUCGCAACAGAAUUUUGUUCGCCAAACCACCAAGUACUGGGUCCACCCAGACAACAUCACAGAGCUCAAGCUUAUCAUCUUGAAGCAUCUGCCCGUUCUUGUCUUCAAUGCGUCAAAGGAAUUCGAAGAAAGUGAUGCUGCCAUCUCUUCAAUAUACUAUGAUAAUACCGAUACCUGGGAACUCUAUACCGGGCGAUUGAAGAAGACAGAAGGAGCUGAAGCCAUUCGCCUAAGAUGGUACGGCGGAAUGGAGAAUGAUCAAAUCUUCGUUGAGCGUAAGACACAUCGCGAGGACUGGACUGGAGAGAAGUCUGUCAAGGCUCGAUUCCCGAUUAAAGAGAAAUACGUCAAUGCCUAUCUGGAAGGGCGUAUGACCGUGGAAUCUAUCUUUGAAAAGGCACGCAAGGAAGGGAAGAAGAGCGAAAAGCAGAUCGCGGACUGGGAACAGCUCGCUCGAGAGAUCCAGUACCGUGUUAUUACCCGACAACUCGUCCCCGUAAACAGAUCGUUCUACCAUCGAACCGCCUUCCAGCUUCCAGGUGACGCCAGAGUUCGUGUCUCCCUCGACACUGAACUGACUAUGAUCCGAGAAGACAACCUCGAUGGCCGUCAACGAUGUGGUCAGAACUGGCGCCGAAUGGAUAUUGGAAUCGACUACCCAUUCAAACAGCUCCCCGCCGCAGAUAUUGAGCGGUUCCCUUACGCCGUGCUUGAAGUCAAGCUUCAGACCCAAGCCGGCCAAGAGCCUCCACAGUGGAUUAAGGAGCUUACUUCAAGCCAUCUAGUUGAGGCCAUGCCCAAGUUUAGUAAAUUCAUUCAUGGAACUGCAACCCUCAUGCCAGAUCGUAUCAAUCUGCUCCCCUUUUGGAUGCCCCAGAUGGACGUUGAUAUUCGCAAGCCCAUCACUCCAGGAUUUGGUAUCGAACGUCCCGUUCAGUCUAACCAGUCAACCAGCGAUGACAUGCUAGAGAAUGACGAUUCUGACGAUGAAGGUGGUAUGCGGGUAGAUGGUGCUGAUGGAACUGCUCAGACAAAUGGUGCUGCUGGCAAUGGUAUGCAGUACCAUGACAGCCAGGCCAACGAGGCCAACGGAUAUACUGCAAAUGAGACCAACAACAUGGUUGCUCCUGGUAAUCUGCUUGAUAUUGAAGAACGUAUAGCCGCUGACGGCCUUCUUGGUGGCAAUGACUUCCCCUUAUAUGACUCCGAGGAUGAAUCUAAUGCUCAGGACGAGCUGGAGGAGGCCAGACAGGUUGGUGGCUUGCAGUACUACUAUAAGCUUACCAAAUAUAACCUCAAGUCUGCUGGGCGCAAUGCCAUCCAGUUCUUGAGCUAUCUCCGCCCGUUCCCCCAACCUACUGAGCUACCCGAAGGUGCUGGCGGUGGCCGCAACCGUCGUAUUCUAGGAGAUGACAUCCAGGUUAAGAGGUUCAAAGCUCCCAAGGGCAAGAGUAAGUUGUUGCGAACCAUCCGAUUCUCUUGGAUUUCUACUAACAUCAUUCCAGGAAUCCAUGUUCCAGUCCGAGUUGAGCCCAAGGUGUUCUUCGCCGUUGAACGUACGUUCCUCUCAUGGCUUGAAUUCUCUAUCUGGGUGAGCGGCAUUGCUCUCACGCUUCUCAACUUCGGGCACGAUAAAAUCAGCAUCAUCACUGCCUGGGCGUUCACCGUCAUGGCCUGUCUACUCCUUGUCUACAGCUUCCUGUUAUACAUGUGGCGAGUCGAUAAGAUCCGUAAGCAGCGAGACGUCAAAAACGUGUAUCAUGAGAAAUGGGGCCCAACUAUCCUCUGUCUCGGGGUGAUCGUCUCGGUCAUCAUUAACUUCUCUCUGAGAGCCAAAGCCGGCGGACUGUUCGGCCCUGGUGGAAGUGCCAACAACACCGGUACACUAGUGAUUGCCAGUAGUAAGUAG